GUGGCUGCACUUCAUUCCAGGGAUACAAUUCCGGACGGCGAAUACACCGUUUAAGUUGACUUGGUGGUUUUGCUCAUACAGAAAGAAAUGGAGCGAUUUCUUACAAAGAUAGUAAUGCUCAUGAAGAAAGAAAAUCUAUUUGCAUAUCAGGGAGGUCCUAUCAUACUUGCACAGGUUGAGAACGAAUAUGGAAAUGUGGAAUGGGCAUAUGGGAUUAGCGGAGAGUUGUAUGUGAAAUGGGCUGCCUCUACUGCCGUUGCCCUUAAUACCUCUGUUCCUUGGGUGAUGUGCUCACAAGAAGAUGCACCAGAUCCAAUAAUAAAUGCAUGCAAUGGGUUUUACUGUGAUACAUUUACACCAAAUUCUCCUUCUAAGCCAAAGAUGUGGACAGAGAAUUACCCUGGAUGGUUCCUGUCAUUUGGAUAUGCAAUCCCCUACAGACCUGUAGAGGACAUUGCCUUUUCCGUUGCACGUUUUUUUGAGACUGGUGGUACUUUCCAGAACUAUUAUAUGUAUUUUGGAGGAACAAAUUUUGGACGAACAGCUGGAGGACCGUUGGUUGCAACAAGCUAUGAUUAUGAUGCUCCAAUCGACGAAUAUGGUUUUCUUAGGCAACCAAAAUGGAGCCACUUGCGAGACCUUCACAAGGCCAUAAAAUCAUGUGAAAGAUCAUUGGUCACCUAUGAUUCAACUUACAUCUCACUGGGAAAAAAUUUAGAGGCACAUGUGUAUAAUGGUACUUCAGGCUGUGCGGCAUUUCUUGCUAACAUUGACCACAAUUCAGAUGCAAAUGUGUCAUUUAAUGGAAACUCGUAUUCCCUUCCUUCGUGGUCUGUCAGUAUUCUACCAGAUUGCAGAAGUGUAAUAUUUAAUACUGCAAAGGUUGUUUCACAAACCACUCCGGCUGCUUCAUGGCACAAACAUAAAGUUAGCAUCAAGCACUACCUCGCGUCCUCCGCUUGGCAGUGGUAUAAAGAACAGGUUGGAACCUCGACUAUGAAUUCAUUUACUAGGCAGGGUCUGUUGGAACAAAUAAAUACUACAAGAGAUAGGAGUGAUUAUUUGUGGUAUACUAUGAGUAUGAACUUGGAUGAGGAACUUUCCCAAAGUGAAACGAGAGAAGUGCUUUUUCAUAUUCAGAGUUUGGGGCAUGCUGCAUUACUCUUCGUCAACAAAGAACUUGCAGGAUUUGGCUAUGGUAAUCAUGAUGAUGCAAGCUUUUCCAUUAACAAGAAAAUUACACUCAACCAAGGAAAUAACACACUAGAGAUAUUGAGCAUGAUGGUCGGACUGCAGAAUUAUGGUCCCUGGUUUGAUAUAUCUGGCGCGGGAAUUUAUUUGGUCGCAAUAGCUGAUUUUCCAAGUGCUCUCGGCGAUCUUUCUAGCAAGGAAUGGACUUAUCAGGUAGGCACAGAAGGUGAAUAUCUGGGGCUUGAUAAGAUGGAUCAUGCGAACAGCUCAUUUUGGACUUCAGGAAAUCUCUUGCCAACUAACCAAAGCUUAAUAUGGUACAAGACAUCAUUCAUUGCACCUGAAGGAAAUGGUCCUUUAGCCUUAAACCUGUCUAGCAUGGGAAAGGGUGAAGCAUGGGUUAAUGGUCAGAGCAUAGGACGGUUUUGGCCUGCUUAUCUUUCUCCAUCAACAGGCUGCUCAGAAAAUUGUGAUUACAGAGGGCCAUAUGAUUCAAAUAAAUGCCUGAAGGGCUGUGGUGAACCUGCUCAAACUCUGUAUCAUGUUCCACGCUCUUGGGUAUAUCGUGGUAAAAACUUACUGGUUCUACAUGAAGAGUUAGGUGGUGAUCCUUCAAAGAUCACGGUGUUCACUAGAACAGGAGAAGUGCUAUGUGCUCAUGUAUCUGAACUAGACCCUUCUCCUGUGUACUCAUGGAAAUCAAGCUCCACAUUUGACUCGUUCAGUCCUGAAGUCCAAUUGUCUUGUCAACGAGGUUGGCACAUUGUUUCUGUCAGUUUUGCAAGCUUUGGCACUCCCCAAGGACAGUGUGGAAAGUUCAGCCAUGGAAAUUGCAGUUCAGAUGUUCUCACAGUUGUACGAAAGACAUGCGUUGGCCGUGAAAGCUGCUCAGUUAUCGUAUCCACAGACAAACUUGGUGAUCCUUGCCCUGGGGUCGUUAAGAGUCUCGCGGUUGAAGCAUUUUGCAGCGAAUAGCAUAGAUUGGGGUUCUGAAAUCAUCUCCGUAUCUCUAGGUUCUCAUUAUCUUGUCGCUUGAGUCACCAGGCAUUUCUUGUAUGUGUGAAGUAUCUGAGGGCAAAUGUAAUAUAUUUGUAAUGUCAAGAUGAGGAUGUAUUUGUAAUGGCAAAUGUAAUAUAUUUGUAAUGUUAAGACACAUAUGGUGUUCCUUCAGUAAAGCGUUUAAUUUUUUUUUUUUU